AUGCAAAUAAUAUCGCUCAAGAUGACCAGCACAAAGUCAGUGGUAGAUUCGGACAUUCACUCAACUGUGGACAGUGACACAAGUGAUGUACAACAUCUGGACCUGACCAGCACCGAAUCUCAUUGUCCCUCAAAAGAGAGGACCGUUAAUGUCUUCUUGUUGGUGACCUGUGUGGUCUUCGGGGCAGCGUCAUUCCUUUUUGGCUUUGAUGAUAAGAUUAUCUCGCCUGUAGCGGCGCUGGAUCCUUUUGUUGAAAGGUAUCAAGGACCCAAUCCGAGUACUGGGAGAUAUACCUUGACCGCCCGCAAUCAGAACAUCGUAUUCUCGGUCCCGCUGGUCGGUUCGAUUCUCGGAGGUCUUGCAGCAUCGCCGCUCAAUUUCCGCCUUGGCCGAAAACGGCCCGUGUUGAUGGCGUACGUUAUCUCCAUUAGUGGUGGAUUGCUUCAAGUUUUUGCCCCCAGUCUGGCGGCAUUCGUGGCUGGACGAUUUAUAAAUGGCAUUGCAUGGGCAUCGCCAAUGGCACCGCUCCCUUGUAUCUUUCGGAGGAGUGUAACAUCAAUCAAUAUCUUGAACGUGACAGCGGGAGUUAUCGGAACCGUUGUAGUGUCUGAGACUAAAAAACAAGGAGGGAGAGAGUCAUACUUGAUCCCGUUGGCCGUGCAGUGUGCUCUCCCCGUGUUACUACUUAUCUGCACGUUACCUCUUCCUGAAAGCCCACAAUGGCUUGUUGCCAAAGGCCGAUUGGCACAGGCUCGUAGCAACUUGCGGAAACUCCGUGGCCUCAGCGACGAGCAGGUCGACGUCGAGCUUGAGAUAAUGAAGCUUUGUGAACAAAAGGAACGUGAACUGAAGGCCAAUGUGAAGUUCUGGGAGAUAUUCUCAAGGAAGCACCUCCACCGAACCCUGACAGCUGGGUCGUUCUUCUCUUUGAACCAGGUCUCCGGGGUAAUACUCUCGACGACUUACGUUACGGUUUUCCUCACCGAGAUUGGCAUGGAGGAUUCCUUCGCCUUAGAUGCUUUCUCCUUGACGGUAAUUGCAUCUUGUUGUACCCUUGCCGGUACUAUCGCAGCGCCCUUUGUAAUAGAUCGAGCUGGUCGUCGUCCUACCGCGUUGGUGGGGAUGAGCGUGUUGCUCGUUAUUGACGCUUUAGCCGGGGGUCUAGCAUUCAGCAAAGACCGGCGCUCUCGUGUAGCAAUUGUCGCAUUGUCUCUAACUUUUAACUUUUUCUGGGCCUCGUCGUUUUCUUCACUGUCGACUUUGAUGCCUUCAGAGAUGGCCACACCCAAACUCCGGCACCAUACCAUGGCCUACACCAUUGCCUGUGCUCAAACAACCGCAGUGAUCACUACGCUUGUCGUCCCUCGGCUGACCGCGCCAGAUGCAGCAAACCUAGGCGCGAAGGCCUAUCUUAUAUUCGCCGGCUGUAUGGUCUGUAUCGUAAUCUUCACAUUCUGUUUCCUGCCCGAGACAAAAGGCCGCACCUUUGCAGAGAUUGACGAACUGUACGACGCAGGUGUUCCGGCCUGGAAAUGGCGGACCUAUAAAAGUUCACUUGAAUUAAGGACAUAUCCAAAUCGCUCGAAACCCCCUCCAGAUGUUACUUAG